AUGGUGGCCCUCUUGAAGCAUGUGGGAACAGCAGUCCGUAAACACAGCCAGCUGGUCUGCGCAUGCUCUGAGGACGCGGCUGGGGAUGGCGUCUGGGCCUACAGCCUUGCGAGGCAGUCAUGGACAGGCGCGUCACUUCCUCCUUCCCCCCUCCUCCUCCCGAACACACCUCUUCCCCUCAUCAGCACCCCCGGCUGGCCCAUCCCUCCCUCUCCCUCCCUCUCUCCCUAUCUCUCCUCCUCCUCUCCCUAUUCCUUCUGCCCAUCUGCGAGUCGGCGCGGUCGCCUGGGAGGGGCGGAGCUGGCCAGGGCGGAGGAGCACCAGGAGGUGCACCCGGGACGGGAGGAGCAGCAGGCGAGAAAGGAGGCCAGAGGGGCACAAACCUCACCCCCCUUUCUACCCCCUUACUACCCCCCAGUAUCCCCCGCCCGGCCCCCUGCGCCCCCCUUACCUCCCAAAGUGGCCUUCUCUCUUAGCAUCGCCGUCAUCCUGGUGGGCAACUCUAGCGAGGUGUCGUCCACCUACGUGGAGAAAGAGGAGUUCCUCCAUGUUCCUCACCCUACCAAAGUCCAACUGGAGACCAUGAACGACACGGACCCCAAGAGUAUCAUCAACCGUAUCUGCACCUUGAUGACCAACACCUGGCUGCAGGGGGUGGUGUUCGGGGACGACACGGACCAGGAGGCCAUCGCCCAGAUCCUGGACUUCAUCUCUGCCCAGACACACAUCCCCAUCCUGGGCAUCCGAGGAGGCUCCUCCAUGGUCAUGGCUGCCAAGGACGACCACUCCAUGUUCUUCCAGUUUGGCCCGUCCAUAGAGCAGCAGGCCUCCAUCAUGCUGAAGAUCAUGGAGGAAUACGACUGGUACAUCUUCUCCAUCGUCACCACCUACUACCCCGGAUACCAGGACUUUGUCAACAAGAUCCGGAGCACCAUAGAGAACAGUUUUGUGGGCUGGGAGCUAGAAGAAGUCCUCCUGUUGGACAUGUCUGUGGAUGACGGAGACGCUAAGAUCCAGAACCAGAUGAAGAAGCUGCAGAGUCCUGUCUACCUGCUUUACUGCACCAAGGAGGAGGCCUACACCAUCUUUGAGGUGGCAAACUCUGUGGGAUUGACGGGAUACGGGUACACCUGGAUCGUACCGUCGCUAGUGGCCGGCGACGCCGAUAAUGUCCCCGCCGUGUUUCCCACAGGGCUAAUUUCGGUGUCGUAUGACGAAUGGGACUACAGUUUGGAGGCUCGGGUGCGGGAUGCAGUGGCUGUCAUCGCCAUGGCGACCUCCACCAUGAUGCUGGACCGGGGGCAACACACGCUGCUCAAGUCAGGCUGCAACGAGACCCCUAACAAGAAGGGCUCUAAACAAGGCAACUCCAAUGAAGUGCUCAAGUGA